AAUUCACCGGCGACAAUGUUCAAGUCGCGGCUGCAGGAGCUGUGCCAGCAGCGGCGGUGGGCGCCGCCGACGUACACCGUCCAGCGCGAGGGCCCGUCCCACACGCCCAGGUUCAGCGCCACCGUCGCCGUCAACGGCGCCGAGUUCCACUCGCCCGACGAGGACGCGGGGGCGCUCACGGCCAAGAAGGCCCAGGACCUCGCCGCCAUGGUCGCCUUCGACCACCUCUCCGCCCUCCCGCCCCCUCCUCCCCCGCCGCAGCCCGAAACCCAACUUGCUUACAAGUCUCAGUUGCAAAUUUAUACUCAGAAGAGACACAAAGGUCUGCCUUUAUAUCACACCAUUCAGACUGGUACACCUCAGGCAAGUCUGUUCAGGUCGACAGUGACCGUAGAUGGGCAAACAUUUGAAAGUCCACAAGACUAUCGCACAGUAAAGGAAGCAGAAUUUUCUGCUGCAAGAGUUGCUCUGAUGUCACUACCUCAAGAAUCAAAACCACCAGAGAAAAUAUCGGCUGGAUCAACUACAUGUACUUCUGCGGCUGGAAUCCAGGUUAAUUAUAAGACUCAAUUGCAAAUUUAUGCUCAGAAGAGAGGCAAAGAGCUGCCUUUAUAUCACACCAUUCAGAUUGGUCCACCUCAGGCAAUGCUGUUCAGGUCGACAGUGACCAUAGAUGGGCAAACAUUUGAAAGUCCGCAAGACUAUCGCACAGUAAAGGAAGCAGAAUUUGCUGCUGCAAGAGUUGCUCUGAUGUCAUUACCUCAAGAAUUAAAACCACCAGAGAAAAUACCGGCUGGAUCAACUUCAAGUAUUUCUUUGCCUGGAAUUCAGGUUAAUUAUAAGACUCAAUUGCAAAUUUAUGCUCAGAAGAGAGGCAAAGACCUGCCUUUGUAUAGCCGAAUCCAGGAUGGUCCAUCUCAUGUAGCUCGGUUUAAGUCAGUAGUGACAAUAGAUGGGAAAACAUUUGAAAGUCCACAAUACUUUCAGACAGUUAAGGAGGCGGAAUCUGCUGCUGCAAAUCUUGCUCUGAUGUCCUUAACUCAAGAAGCAAGCUCACAAGAGCAAUUGCCGGUUCAAGCAAUGCCCCAUAAGAAUCCCCGGCAUGAAUUACCUGAGAAAGAAGGAUCUCCCUUACCUGUCUACAAUACUUUGUCAGAUCAUUCAAAUCGUUCCUUUGUCUCCAAAUCAACCUUGGACACUCAAGGCGGAAGUUUUCAGGGGGAACCUGUGAACUCUAAGAAGCAAAAACAGAUGACUACUGCUGAGCUUGCUUUUCAACAUUCCACAGACAUAGGAUCACAGAUGCAACAAGGAACUGCGAACGUUGCUGAGAAAGAGAUCAAGAUUGUUGAACCUGAUUCUUCAUUGCCCCAAGUAUCAGUGAUAACAAGUGAUGAAAAGAAUGCCUCUAAUGUUGAUCAUGAGUCUUGCUCUGUUGGCUCCAUUAUUCAUCCUCCUGUUGCUGAGAAAACACAAUCUCUUGAUGAACCUAUCCAAUAUGGCAAUAUGGAAAAGGAUAAACCAGCAGGUCCAGAGUCAAGCAUCAGGGCUGAAGCAAUGGACUUGACUCCACAAUGCACGUCUCUCCCGAUAGCCUCAAAGCCACCAACUAAUACUUCCAACCUUGCAUCAACAACGACAAGUACAAGGGAUGCCGCUUUACAAUCUCCUGUUGAACCUAUCCAGCCAGUCAAGAUGGAAAAUGAUGAGCCAGCCCCUCCAGAGCUAAACAUCAAGGCUGAAGCAAUGGACUCGCUCCUAGGCUCAAGGCCACCAGCUAAUACUUCCAGCCUUGCGACAGCAACAAGUACAACGCAUGUUGCCUUACAGUCUCCUGUUGAACCUAUCCAGCCCGUGAAGAUGGAAAAUGAUGUGCCAUCCAUUCCAGAGCCAAGCACUGAAGCUGAAGUCAUGGACGUUACAGAACCAAACACCGAGGCUGAAGUAAUAGAUGUUUCAGAGCCAAGCAUCGAGGCUGAAAAAAUGGAUGUUCCAGAGAGAAGCAUCAAGGGUGAAGCAAUGGAUGUUCUAAAGCCAAGCAUCAAGAAGGAAGUAACGGAUGUUUCAGAGCCAAGGGUCGAGGAAGAAGCAAUGGACUCAACUCCAGAACACACUUCUCUCGCCAUAGCCUCAAGGCCAGCAACCAACCUUGCGGGGACAGCAAUUGCAGUGCCUUUUCCUUCUGAUGGCUGCGGUCAGUCGAUGUCGACUAACCGGAUCCAGGUCUACCCACGCCGCCCUGACAUGGUAUUUCCGGAAGGGGUGACCGUGCUUCCCUUCAGUGAUGACCAGUGGGUGGCCGUCAGCAUACCUUUCUCUCAACCCUGAAGAUGUAGGUAGCAGCAUUGCUGGUUAGGUCCCUACAUUGAAGCGAAGAGAUGGAGCCGGUGUAUGUACCUGCCAUGUCGUAGGCUGUACGUAGUUUCAGUUAACUUCCUUUCUGUGUUGUGCCUAGUAAUCAGGCGAAACAUGCCCGUGUUGGAACCAUAUGACUGCCAGACUGAUGUAGCUUUUGCUAUCUAGCUGAUGGUGCCUGCUGAACCAUGUCACUAAAACCUGAACUAUGUAGAAGUUGUCACUUCGAAUUUAAGAGAUUGCAACUUUAUUGUGACCA